AUGGAGGACGCCACGUGGCUUGCCCCCACGCGGACACUGCCCAGCAACUUGGCGAUGAACAAUGUGACGCCGGCGACGCGCCUGCUGGAGAAGCGGCGGCAGAUGUUUGAGGUGCAGGAGGCCCUCGAGGCCCAAAAGCAGGACUUUGCACGCAAGGAGGAGGUGUUUCGAAAGCGCGAGGACGCGCUCAAGCGCCGCGACCUGGAGCUGCAGGAGAGCCUCAUCCGCUUCAGCAAGUUCCUCCAGGAGAACGACAGCAAGCGCGCCAGGGCCGAGAAAAAGGCGGCCGACGAGAUCAGGGCACGCCAGGCCAAGGAGGUAGAGAUCGCGAAGCUGGCCGAGGUUGUGGACGCGCUGAGCGAGGAGAAGGAGCGCGCGGACGAGGCGGUCGACCGGCGCAUGCGCUACCAGCGCUACCUGGAGGCGGCCACCAAUGCAGACCUGCGCGCCCACAAGUCCCGCUGCGACGCCGCCGCGGAGUCGCUGCGCAGCGAGCUCGCCGAGUACAGCAAGCGGCGCGGCGACGAGCUGCUGCUGCUCAACAACCGCCUGGCGGCGCUGAAGCAGCAGCUGGAGGCGCACGAGCAGGACGCAGCCCUGCUGGAGGCGGCAAAGGACGGCACGCUGGCGAUCGCCAGCCAGAGGACGUUGGUGUACGGCCAAGUGGUGCUCGCGACAGACAACCUGUUCAGCCAGUGCCGCCAGCGGUCAAACAUCGCGCACGCGCCGCAGGCAGGGCCGCUGCAGCAGCUGGAGGUGAUCGGGAACUACGUGUCUGAUCUGGUCGCCGCCUGCAAGCAGUUGCAGCAGCAGCAGCAGGUGCAGCAGCAGCAGGUGCAGCAGGGUAGCAGCGGUGCACAGAUGUCAGUGCCAGGCAGUGGGGCUGCUGGGCAGCAGCAACAGCAGCAACAGCAGCAACAGCAGCAGCAACCACAGCAGCAACAGCAGCAGCAGCAAGCAGGAACAUGA